AGACCCGUUAUUCUACGUGUGGCGUUCAAUAUUAGUUCAGAAGUCUCCGCUCCGCGUCGCCACUUUACCGAAGAAUCGAUUCGUAGUAUAACUUAACGACAAAUCAAACAUAUAUUUUCGUAUUUUAUGUUUUUACAAAACACAUUUUGAAAAGUCUCUUCUUAUUUUAAAUAGUAAAGAUUAAUGAUUAGUGAAACGCCCUUUUAUUGUCAACUUUUAUAGUUGAACAGGAAACUCCAGAAGGUCUUUUCAUCUUCAAAUUGUUAGACGAAAAUGUAAUGUUUUAGCAGGAACGGCUCUUUAAAAUUACAACAUACUGGAUACAAUUAUUAUUAAUUUAUAAUUGAUUAUUCAACAUGUGGUGCUUCAAAGAACAAGAAGGUCGUUGCAUUUAUAUCCUGCCAGGACAUAAAGUAUCUUUUGGAAAAUCUCUGAGCAAUAUCAAAAUAGAGGGAGAUGCCACAGUAAGCAGGCUUCAUGCGAUUGUUUCUUCAGAACCUUACGAAGAGCAAGAAUUGCAAUAUAAAUGUGUCAUCCAAGACCGGUCCAAGUAUGGAACAUAUGUUUUGCGAGAUGGAGAGAAAAGGAAGUUGUUCACAGAUGAAAAAUUUAUUCUAAAAGCAGGUGACAAAGUACAGUUUGGCCUGAAACACAGCAUUUUUAUUGUAUUACGUCACUCAUUUCUGGUUGUGGCAUCGAGUUUGUGCAAGGAAGAAAUGGAGAAACUGAGAAGUAUUGUAAAGGAUAUUGGAGGUGUACUAUCCGAUAACUGGCACAAUUCUUGCACGUACUUAACAGUGCCUAAUGAAUUCCUGUUUACUAUAAAGUUGGCUUGUGCACUAGCAUCUUCCAAGAUGAUUGUCACCACUGGAUAUUGGGAAGCAAUAAUGAAAGCUAUUGGAGAAAACAAAGAAUUGCCUAAAAUUGAAGAUUUUUUACCUACUGUAACAAAGGAGGAAUGGAUACGUGUUGAUACACAACUGCUGCCUAAGGAGGAGCGCAGGACACUAUUUCGUGGCUUAUCUUUUGUGCACUUUUGCGCGAAACAAUACAGUGCAUAUGCUCCGAUAAUUACUGCAGCAGGCGGAAAAUCCUGUGUAUAUCCUACGAAGAAACCUUUAACUCCUCGGGAUCUGACUGCCAAGAAUGCUAUUGUCAUACAGCAGCCUACUAAUGAUUCCUCUCAGUUCACAAUUCAAGUCAUCGCAACAGAUUAUCCGAUUAUUCAUCAAAAACUAAGUGCGCUUAAACGCAGAAUGAUCUGCGACUCAGAAAUCCCACUUGCCAUUCUUCACUGCUCUACCGAGAAAUAUUGUAAUCCUAAGUUUAACUUUGGCACAAUUCUUAAAUCCAGCACUCAAAUGUUCUCCCCUUCUGAUCUCGUAAUUGUCGAAGAUACACAGGACGCGUCGUCGACAAGCAAUAAGAGAAAAAUCGAAGGUACAGAGCAGCCGCGAAUCAUCCCCGAAACCCUUGAUUCGCAGUGUGAUAGUGGUACUUCGAAAAAAGUACGUAUCUGCGAUAAAAAUGAGCAAGAAGAUAUUCUCGAAAACAGCAAACGUGAAAGUGAUGUUUUUUCCAACAAGAACGACAAACAACCCCAAAUCAUUCCGGAAACUUGCGAUUCCUUGGACAAAAGUAUCGCAAGUGAUAAUUUCUCUAGGAGUGACAUAAAAAAGCCUCGAAUUAUUCCCGAAUCUUGCGACAAAAACAGUGUCAGCAGUCCCAGCAUACAAGAUGAGCAAUGCUCGAAAGAUAUAUCGCCAGAAGACAUUGGAUUUCCACAAGAGGAAAAAGUUAUCUUGGAGAAAAAACAUGGUUCGACUCUAGAAAAACGUAAUGUAAUGUUCGAGGAAGAUGAUUUGUUACUUGAAGACACGACAUUUAAUAAAGAUAACUUGACACUCAAAAGGAAGAACUUGAUGUUUAAAAAGAGUUGUCCUCUCAAAAAUGAUAAUUGGGCUGGUCAAAACGACGAGGAUGAGAGCGAAAGCUGGAAGAGCUCAAAGGGACCGCGUAUCGUAUCGAUAGAAAAGAUCAAUAAUAGCGAUAAAAGCAAUAUACGAACGGACCGAAUGGCGAACAAAUCAUUGGGAAAAGAUUGUUUCGAAAUUGAAGAGUCUUUCGACUCCCAGUUGAAACAGCGAGAUAAGUACGAUGACGAGAAAGUAGAAGUAAUUGACAUAGAGAAGGAAAAUAAACGAGGAAAAGAGAAAUCGCGGAAAAUGGAAAUGAAAGAAUUGAAAAUAGAAGAAAAAGACGAGAAGAGAGAGGUGGAGCGACGAAAAAUAGGUACAGAUUGGUACGAUAAAUAUUUGAGUGCUGAAUUUACGGACAAGAUCUUGCGCAAAGACGCACCGUGUGGCAAAAGAUUCACGAAGGUAUUAAUUCCGAUCCCCGCGAAGAAACUGAGGGCAGAUGACUUUAUCCUGUGAUUUAUCAAGAAAAAUAAUAUAUACCGUGUUCACAUGUUAUGCAAAAAUGAAUAUUCGCUCCUCAUAUACAAUGUCAUUCUAAUGACAGAUAAUAAUGGUAUAUUAGAAAAUAGGAUUACAGUUUUCUUGUUAUUAUUAUAAAAAUAACAGAGUCUAAGUAAAAAUAGGUGAUAAUAAAAUUUAGCAUUUUUGAUAUGAUAUUUUAUAGCAAAGAAUAGAAAAAGUAAACAUGGUAGAUAUAUUUGAAACACACUUGGUAUAACUUUGUGCAGCGUAUUCUAUUUUUGUACAAAAUAUAUCAGCAAAAAAAAAAGAAACGAGAA